CUCCUCGCACGCACUCUCUGCCACAUUGUGCGCAAGCAAACUGAACCCCAAACGGGAGCCGGCGAGCCGCCUACCUGCCGCCACUCCGAUCCGGCCGUUUCCCUCGUGGCCAGCUCUCGUGGGGAUGAGGCAGCUGGCCCGGCGGCUCUCUCGCGUAGCGGACUCCUCGGCGUCGUCGCCAGCGGAGGAGGAGCGGCGGGGUGGUGUCAACAAGGCUCCGCGCGCGUACGCCGCGGCGGCGGCGGAGACGGUGCCCGAGGGCCACGUGCCGGUGCACGUCGGGGAGGUGUCGGACGGCGAGGUGGAGCGCUUCCUCGUGCGGGCUGAGCUGCUGGGCCGCCCGGCGCUGGCGCACCUCCUGGGCCGCGCUGCCCUGGAGUAUGGGUACGACCACCAUGGCCCGCUCAGGAUCCCGUGCUCUCCCGCCGCCUUCCGCCGGGCUCUCGCGAGCCUUGAGGAGCCUUGACAGCGCUGCCCACGGCUAGGCUAGACGAGACUACGAGAGUGACCGAAAGACGCAUCGACAUCGUGCUCCCCCUUUGCAUGGAACACAGCAGUGGCUUGGGCAGUAUUUGAGCUCCCUUUCUUCUUCUUCUUA